AUGGCGGAGCGCGUACAGCAGCCCCCAGCCAAGCGGCUCUGCUGUAGACCGGGCUACAAUGCAACAUGUAGGCAAGGCCAGCGGGCCGUGUGGGCGCCGUGCGGCGGCUCGGCAGCCACCCAGGGCGAGUCGAGCAAAACCCAGAGCCCGGAGUCUCUCCUGGACAUCGCGGCGAGGAAAGUCGCGGAGAAGUGGCCGUUUCAAAGGGUAGAGGAGCGUUUCGAGCGGAUCCCGGAGCCCGUUCAGAGACGGAUCGUGUACUGGUCUUUCCCGAGGAGCGAACGGGAGAUCUGUAUGUACUCGUCGUUCAACACAGGCGGGGAGGAGAUCGGGAGUAGCGCGGAGAGCGGCGACGACACGCGGCUGCCAUUCCGACGGGGCAUCGGUCUGCUGGAGAGCGGCUGCGUGGACAACGUACUGCAAGUCGGGUUUCACCUCAGCGGCACAGUCCGGGAACCCGCCACGUCCUCAGAGCCCGAGCUGGUCUGCAACGUGAGCGUCAGCUUCGACCGCUGCAAAAUCACAGCGGUGACGUGCAGCUGCGGCAACAAAGAUAUCUUCUACUGCGCCCAUGUUGUGGCGCUCUCGCUGUACCGGGUGCGGAAGCCCGAGCAGGUCAAACUGCGCCUGCCCAUCUCAGAGACACUUUUCCAAAUGAACAGAGAUCAGCUGCAGAAGUUCGUUCAGUACCUGAUCACUGUGCAUCACACUGAAGUGCUGCCGACGGCGCAGAAGCUGGCGGACGAAAUACUGUCGCAGAACUCGGAGAUCAACCAGGUUCAUGGAGCUCCGGAUCCGACGGCGGGGGCGAGCGUGGACGACGAGAACUGUUGGCAUCUGGACGAGGAACAGGUUCAGGAACAGGUGAAGCUCUUUCUCUCCCAGGGCGGGUACCAUGGCUCGGGAAAGCAGCUCAACUUACUGUUCAGCAAGGUGAGAGAGAUGCUGAGGAUGAGGGACUCCAACGGAGCUCGCAUGUUAACGCUGAUCACAGAGCAGUUCAUGGGCGACCCCAGACUGGUGCUGUGGCGGCAACAGGGAACCACCAUGACUGACAAGUACAGGCAGCUGUGGGAUGAACUAGGGGCCCUGUGGAUGUGCAUCGUGUUGAACCCACACUGUAAACCCGAACAGAAAGGCUUCUGGCUUCGACAGCUUCGCAGGUGGAACAGCGUGGACGUCUGCCCCUUGGAGGACGGUAACCAUGGCAGCGAGCUGACCAAUCUGACCAACGCUCUGCCCCAGGGCCCUCCCGGCAACCCAGACUCACUGACUCGGCCUCACCGGACCGUGUUCACGCGAGCGAUCGAGGCCUGCGACCUGCACUGGCAGGACCCUCACCUGCAGCACAUAAUCACCGUGGACCACUAUGCCAACUACUGUUACCAUGACAACCUGGACAGCUCCCUCUUCGACGCCCGAGGGUGGCCCCUGUGGCACGAGCACGUCCCCACGGCCUGCGCCCGAGUGGACGCCCUGAGAUCACACGGUUACCCCAAGGAAGCGCUCAGGCUGGCCAUCGCCAUAGUCAACACACUGAGGAGGCAACAGCAGAAACAGCUGGAGUUCUUCCGCACUCAUAAAAAAGAGCUGCUCCAUAAAGGCAUAACAUCAGUUACCAACCUGGAGGGUUGGGUGGGCCACCCUCUGGACCCCAUCGGCACACUGUUCAGCACCCUGAUGGAGACGGGUCAGGCCGGCGAGGACGGGGCCACGGUCCUGCUCGACUUCUCAGGCUCGCUAGCUUCAGGUAGGAAGACGGAGCAUCCUGUUUCCCCCGCGCAGCGUUUCCUGGAGGAAGGAGAGUCGUUCGUGUCGCUGGCCGUGGAGACGGCUCUGAUUGGCCUGGGGCAGCAGAGGGUGAUGCCCGACGGCCUUUACGCACAGGAGAAAGUGUGUCGCAACGAAGAGCAGCUGUUGGCCAAGCUCCAAGAAGUCGAUCUGAGCGACUCGUUGGUGAAGAUCUUCCGGAAGCAAGCGGUUUUCCUGCUAGAGGCUGGUCCUUACAGUGGUCUGGGAGAAUUACUCUACAGAGAAAGCGUCCCCAUGCACACUUUUGCCAAGUAUCUCUUCACCUCGCUGCUACCUCACGACGCCGAACUGGCGUACAAAAUUGCACUGAGGGCCAUGAGGUUGCCGGUCCUGGAGUCCACGGCCCCCUCCGGUGACUUGUCCCGGCCUCACCAUAUAGUGUCAGUGGUGCCCAACCGCUACCCUCGCUGGUUCACUCUCAGCCACAUAGAGACCCAACAGUGUGAACUGGCCUCCACCAUGCUCACUGCUGCUAAAGGCGAUGCUCAUAAGCUACAAACAGUGUUAGAGUCCAUCCAGAAGAACAUCCACUCCUCAUCCCACAUCUUCAAACUGGCCCAGGAUGCCUUCAAAAUCGCCACUCUCAUGGACAGCCUGCCGGACAUCACGCUGCUCAAAGUCUCCCUGGAGCUGGGCCUCCAGGUGAUGAGAAUGACCCUCUCGACUUUGAACUGGCGGAGGAGAGAGAUGGUGCGAUGGCUCGUCACUUGUGCUACUGAAGUUGGUGUGUUUGCACUGGACAGCAUCAUGCAGAGCUGGUUCACCCUCUUCACCCCCACCGAAGCCACCAGUGUCGUGGCGAGCACAGUCAUGUCCAACAGCACCAUCGUCCGCCUGCAUUUGGACUGCCACCAGCAAGAGAACCUGGCCAACUCCGCCCGCACCCUGGCCCUGCAGUGUGCCAUGAAGGACCCCCAAAACUGUGCCCUGUCAGCGCUGACGCUCUGCGAGAAGGACCACAUUGCCUUCGAGACAGCCUAUCAGAUUGUACUGGAUGCAGCCGCCACAGGAAUGAACUACACACAGCUGUUUACAAUAGCACGCUACAUGGAGCACCGCGGUUAUCCUAUGAGGGCGUACAAACUAGCAACAUUAGCCAUGACUCACCUGAACCUCAGCUACAACCAAGACACACACCCGGCCAUCAAUGACGUGCUCUGGGCUUGUGCGCUCAGCCACUCGUUGGGGAAAAACGAACUGGCAGCUGUCAUCCCCCUGGUGGUGAAGAGCGUGAAGUGCGCUACUGUCUUGUCGGACAUUUUGCGGCGGUGCACGUUAACGACGCCGGGCAUGGUGGCGCUGCACAGUCGCAGAAACUCUGGGAAGCUGAUGUCUCUGGACAAGGCUCCACUCAGGCAGCUACUGGACGCCACGAUCGGGGCCUACAUCAACACGACGCACUCUCGGCUGACGCACAUCAGCCCACGCCACUACAGCGAGUUCAUCGAGUUCCUUAGCAAAGCCAGAGAGACGUUUCUCAUGGCGCACGACGGACACAUCCAGUUCACACAGUUCAUAGACAACCUGAAACAGAUAUACAAGGGCAAGAAGAAACUCAUGAUGCUCGUUCGAGAGAGAUUCGGUUGA